UUUGCUCUGGUUGGUCGGGCUUUCUUUCUUUCUGGACUUGAUGAAGGGGCAGUUUCUGCACAGGCAGCUUUCGGAAUCUCUCCGCCACAAUCCUUUUCGCAAUAUGUUGACACAGUCGGAGACAAAGGAGCUCUUCAGACGAGCAGAUGCUGUUUGUUUUGAUGUGGACAGCACGGUAAUCAAAGAAGAGGGCAUUGAUGAACUGGCCAAAUUCUGUGGAGUAGGAGAUGCAGUCACGGAGAUGACUCGCAAGGCAAUGGGUGGUUCAAUGACGUUUAAAACUGCCUUGAAAGAGCGUCUUUCCAUCAUUAGAUGUUCAAGGGAACAAGUUAAUAAGUUGAUAACAGACCACCCUCCUCAGCUGACUCCAGGUAUCAGGGAACUAGUGGAACGCUUACAUCAGCGAAACAUUAAAGUCUUUCUUAUAUCAGGAGGCUUCCGUUGCAUUGUUGAGCAUGUUGCUACUCAACUCAAUAUUCCUUUGCACCAUGUUUAUGCAAACAGACUUAAGUUCUACUUUAAUGGUGAGUAUGCUGGAUUUGAUGAAAGUCAGCCAACAGCUGAAAGUGGUGGAAAGGGAAAAGUCAUCAACAUGCUGAAAGAGCAGCAUGGCUUCAAGACUGUGGUCAUGAUUGGAGACGGAGCUACUGACCUUGAGGCAUGCCCUCCUGCUAAUGCCUUUAUAGGGUUCGGUGGCAACGUAGUUAGACAGCAAGUUAAAGAGAAGUGUUCAUGGUACAUUACAAGUUUUGAAGAGCUGCUAAAGGAACUGGAAAAGAUUUAAGGAGGCUGGCCUCUAUUACCCAUUUUAACAAUAUACUUUUUAUAUUUGCACAACUGAUGUGCUUUUUAUCUUAACCUGAACGUCAGUUCGUAGUAGUAUAUCAAUAGUAUUUUUUAUUAUUAUUCCAAAUGUUUACACAUUUAAAUAUGCUUUUUUUUUCCUCCUUGAUUUUAUACUAAAAAAGUAAUCAAAUUGUCUAAAUAGCUAGGUCGAAGUGUUUUUUGCACUAUAAAUCACAUUGAAAAAGAUAUUUGCUUAUUAUGAAACGUGCAAUAAGCUGUAUGUUUUAAAUUUGAUUGCACCAUGUGAUUCUAUGUCCUGGCUUAUGUCAUUUGACACAGGUAUUAAAAAUCCAUGUAAACAAA